GUGAGUUCCGAUGCAGCGUGGGCCGGCCCUCUCCCCAGGCCGUGCCUGGAUGGCGGGGGCUGAGGGCAUUCCCGGAGCCUGUGGGCAUUCCCGGAGCCCGUGGGCAUUCCCCGAGCCCGCAGCCGGCCUCGCCAGCCUGCCCUCGCCUCUCCGGGCACGGCCCCCGCUGCUCGCCGCCUUCCGCCGCCCUCUGCCCCCUCAGCCCCAUCCCGGCCCGGCCCGCCCUCAGGGCUGCCCGCGCCGCCCCGCAGGAAGUGAUGGCGGCCGAAGGAGGAGGAAGAGCCGCCGCGGGUCGACUUUACUUGGUUGAUACAGUAGCAGGAGAUCCAGAGGUUCUGCAAGCCGAUGCUGAAACAUACUAUGAAAAACUCUUGAAGAAGUCACUGUCCAGUCCUGAUGUUUUUUCCAUCCCUGGAGGAGGAGAGGUUAAACUUGAAGAUUCCUGUGUGUGUUUUGUCCCUCUCUACCGAAAUAAUCCUACUUGCAAACUGUUGCUGUUAACUGAUCCAAAGGAUAAAGAGACAGUUUUGGCAGUUUAUUUGAGCCAGCGUUGGUGGCCUGUGGAAGAUGUUGUGAAGACAGCUGAUCCUGCUAGAGAUGGGCUCAUUUUGGUCCAGACAUUUGGAGAAAGGAUUGUCCUCUUUGUUCUGAACUGCAUUAUUUUUGGAAUGCUGGAAGGGAGUUCAGCUAAUGAUGCAUUCUUUCUACCUCACUCUGCCACCGAGCGUGCCAAGAUACUCUGGAGAAACAGCGAGGCUGCUGCCUUUUACUCGGUCAAGAUGAAAGGGAGCCUGUGUGGUGGUACAACCAGUCAGUGUUACCUGCUGCCAGUUUUGGAUACUAUAUUUGUCCAGAGAAAGUACAGAAGAGGUGGCCUAGGGAUGAAAAUGUUGCAUGAUUUCUGUCAGUCUUUCCUGGCUGAGGAUGCCUUGGGGAUCAGCUGCCCUAUUUCUGCUGCCAUGUAUCAAGUAUGCCAGAAAUUCCUGCAGGCUCAUCCUGAGGAGCAGAAGCGACUGUGGGAAGUGGAGGCACCAGGAGAUUGGGGCCAGCGAGUGAAUAUCUGGUUGAAAAUUCAGAUGGAGUCAGUCCCUUCAGGAAAGGCUAAAGUGGGCUCUUGUAUGGAGAAGACUCCAACUACCAAACCCAGGCAAUCGGACCAGAUGAAUAAGGGUGUUGACUGCUUUCCUGGAGUUGGGCAAGUGGCAGGAGAUGCCAUGGAGAAAAAAGAUGACACAACAGCAGCAGGGACUCUAAACUCACAAGGUCCUGAAGAGGAGGACUUGGAACAAAGUGCAGGCAAUGCUCAGCAACAUAAAGGACUCAGGAAAAGAGAAGGUUCUGGGGACUUAUUUGGAGACAAGGUCACCAAACAAUUUAAAACUACACCAUAAUUGCUAUUUCAGAAAUCAGCAAAAUUCAGUAUGAUCUUAAAAUUGUAAUUGACUGUUCUUAAUUUGUAACAGUGGAGAAAUUUCCCCAGGUAUGAUGAAAUUUUUUUUGCAGUAUGCAUUCUUCAUUUUAUGUUUUGUUUUAAAUAAAGCUUUUGUUUAAUAA